AUGACCGAUAACGAUAGUGUGGACCCUCAAAUAGAAGAUUUCAUUCUAAGCGAAACUCAAAAACAACGUUUUCAGGUGCUUGUUCACGGCCUAACUGACACUUGCUGGGAAACAUGCAUGGGUAGCCCAUCUACCCGUCUCGAUUCCAAAACUGAAACAUGUAUUAUGAACUGUGUUGAAAGGUUCAUUGAUGCUACCACAUUUAUCACACGGCGUUUAAUGAAUACUACGAAAUACCGAUCUGAUGCUCCCUUAGAAUUUCAG